UUAUUAUCUAAAUUUAAUAUUUUUAUUUACUUAUUAUCUCAAAGAUUAUAAAUAGUUUAAUACCCCCUCCGUUUCAAUUUAUGUGAACUUAUUUUUUUAUUAGUCCGUGCCAAAAAGAAUGAUCUCUUUGUAUAAUUGGAAACAAUUUACCUUUAUGCAAUGAUUUAUAGCCACACAAAAUAUAUGUGACUCAUUUAACAUCACAAGUUUAAAAGCUUUCUCUAGUUUUUAAAAUUUCAUACAAAGUCAAAUGGGUUCACAUAAAUUGAAACGGAGAGAGUAUAUACAUCCCAUUAUCCAUCCCCAUUUGUGUUAAAAAAAAAAUUAAAAAACUAAGGCUAGAAUAAAAGAAACUUAGGCGCUAGAACAUAAGUAGAGCUGAAAAAAGUUGGGGAAAAAAAACAACCGGGAAACUUAGGCGCCAUUUAUUUUAGCCAAAAGAAAAAUGGAGCACUUUAAUCUAGCCAAAUGGAAUGGUCAUUCAUUCGGAGGACAGAGAAUAAGGACUACGAACAGAGAAUAAGAAUAAGAAUCACAGGCAAAAUUCUUAUCUUAUGUGCUGCUCUCUUCUCAACGGCGCCACUUCAAUCACCAACAGAGGAAAGCUAAGAGACAUGAAUUAGUUUGAGAGCACAGGGCAGAAGAUACCCAAUUUGUGGAAUUGGAAGCAACAGUGAACACAAAGCAAAAAAAUUGACUUUGCAAUUUCAAAGUGGAGACAAAGUUAGGGUUUUUUCUAUAUUCUUGAAGAGAACAUUCGUGUAACCUCAUGUAAGCUGGAGAAAUUUCUUCCAUGUGGUUUCUUUGAUGUGAUGGAACAUCUUCCGGUCCACCUUGUACAAGAGGCACUACUUGGAGGCCCAGUUCAAUAUAGAUGGAUGUACCCUUGGGAGAGGAAAAUUGGCAAAUGUAAACGGUUUGUGAAGCAGAAGAAUAGGAUUGAGGGAUCUAUAUGUGAGGCCUAUCUCGCUGCAGAAACCUCUCACUUCUGUUCUUAUUAUUUUGAGAAACACGUUCCGUGUUUGAGAAAUAGGCCAACUCGAAACGAUGAAGGUGAGAAUGAUCCUUUGGCCCCGCCAAAAUCCAUAUUCAAUCGACCAGGUCGGGGUUCUAAAACUAUUAAAAGAAGACUCCUAACUGAUAUGGAGAAAAAAUCAGCCACAACACAUGUAUUGUUGAAUUGCCCGGAAGUUCAACCAUAUUAUAAUUUGUUCGUAGGUAGGUAUGGCUAUGCUCCUGUUUAUUCCGAGUUUAGCGAGUGGUUCAAAUGUUAUGUCCAUGAUCCAAAUAAUGGCAUAGCUGACCAAUUUCUGAAAGAUAUAGCUUGGGGACCAGACCCUUAUGUCAAGACAAUGAAAAAAUACAAUGUCAAUGGUUACAAAUUCCGCAUCAAGAAAGCUCCAAGCAUUAUAAAAGCAAUAAUAGCGGAGUCCGGGUUAAAGGGGACACUAACAAUCGGGAUGGAGAUAUUGAUUAUUAUGUUAAGCAUACAAGCAAAGUAUGGAAGCUAUGAUCCUUUUGUCAUUGCACAAAAUGUCAAGCAAGUGUAUUAUGCUCCUUAUCCAUUGCGUAGGGAUAAAUCGGAUUGUGUUCAAGAAACAAAUGACGAGAGAAUUAGAAAUGAAUUGGAGCAUCCUGACAACAUAUAUGAAGAAAUUGAUCUCGGGGAAGGAACUUCCAUGGCAAAUGAAGAGGAAGAACUAUCUGUUGACGAUGAGUACUCUUCUUAUGAGGAAGAUUCAGCAAACAGUAGCGACACAAGUGAAGAGGAAGAAUUACCUGUUGAAAAUGAAAUAAGCGAGGAGGAAGAAAUAAGCGAGGAGGAAGAAUUACCUGUUUGGGUUCAGGUUCUUGUUUUUGUUUGUGCUUAUGAUAAAAUGGAUGUUUUUCCGGUGGCACCGAUAUGCGAUAUAGCUUAA